AUGGCCUCCAGCAGGAGUCCCUCGCUGAAUAUGCUUGAAAGACGCCUUUCGACGAGCUCGAUAUCAAGUUUGACCGAGAUGAUAACGAAUGUUGCAUCUUCGUCGUCAAUUUUAUUGUCGGAGGAGCCGGCAGAAGUUGUUAAGGAAGAGGAAUUGCGUCACGUCCCCAUGAAGCUUGAUGCCAGACGCUACAAGGCACCAGCCUUUGCCGAAGAGCUGCUACAACUAUUUCGUUCGCUCCAAGCUCCAUCAUGGACGAACCCAGAUAUCACAGCAGACAAAGUGCAGAUCCGGAAAGUCUCAGGUUCCUUGACGAACGCAGUCUUCUUCGUAUCAUGUCCUACAGUAGCCCACAUCCGAAUAAUGCUGCUACGAAUUUAUGGUGCAUCUUCAGGUGCCCUGAUUUCGCGACCCAAGGAGCUCCAGACGCUCCACAUCCUCUCCUCCCGCUAUCACUUUGGGCCUCGUGUGUAUGGGACGUUUGAGAAUGGGCGCCUGGAAGAAUAUUUUGACUCCACCACCCUCACUGCGGACGAAAUGAAGGAUCCCACUGUAAGUGGGUGGAUAGCAGCUCGCAUGGCUGAACUUCAUUCAGUCGAUAUCGAGCUCCUUGAAGGCACCUCGCCCAAGAACCGAGGUGAAGGCAAAGGAUGGGAGAUAGGCGUGAAGCGAAACGUCCAAAAGUGGGUGGGCCCAGCUAGAAACGUCCUCGCACUCCCCAACAUGCCCGAAGAUGUUCGCACUGAGCUAGACAUAGAGCGAUUCUGUGUAGAAUGGCAGCGAUACAUGCACUGGCUCUCCGCCGUAGAGGACCUUAACGGUGGUAGUAGACGAGUAUUCGCUCAUAAUGACGCGCAAUACGGCAAUCUACUCAGGUUAGCAAAGCCCAAAGAAGGACUCCCGGGGCAUCGUCAGAUUAUUGUCGUCGACUUUGAGUACGCUUCUCCAAACCCUGCAGCCUUCGAUAUUGCGAACCACUUCCACGAGUGGACAGCCAAUUACCAUUCCUCGACACCACAUAUCCUCGAUCCUUCGAAGUACCCUACCCCAGAAGAACGUCGGAACUUCUACGCUUCCUAUCUGCAGCACUCGACAUUCGCUGGGCACCCCCUGAUCACCCCACCCGGGGCUGCGAACGAGAUAGCUAAGGUCGAGAACCAGGUUCGAGCUUGGAGUCCAGCUUCCCAUGGCAUGUGGGCGGUAUGGGGCAUAGUCCAGGCGGAAGAGGAUCUUCGCAACAACGUGACAGAGCCCGAGUUCGAUUAUCUGGGCUAUGCGAUAUGUCGGAUGGGUAGCUUCCGCAAGGAACUACAGGACCUUGGAAUUGGACAUUCUCUCGAGUGA